AGACAAAAACAACAAUGCAACCACGUGACCUAUGUUAACCAGCUGUAACCGACGCUUGGUUUAAAACAAGAUUUGAUACCUUGGUCAAAGUGAUUUUAAUCCGUGUCAAGUAAAGAGGAUUUUCUGCCUGUUGGUAGAGUUUAUGACCUUUCGACCUUGGUGUUAAUUCACCCAUCCUAAGCAAUAGAGAACAAAAGAAAGCAGAGAAUGCCUGGAUACCCUUUGUUAAGUCUAGACAAGAACAUCAUCGACGCUAAGUACUUCUGCAGCUUUUGUGACUUUCUCCUGAGAGAGGCUAUGCAGACGAGCUGUGGACAUUUCUAUUGCCAAUCGUGCUUACCAAGUCUUAUUCAGGAUCAGCAAACGCUUGUGAUGGUUUGUGUAAAGGACCAAACCAGUCUUCGUCAGAACGAGGUUUUCCCAGACAAAUUUAUGCGCCGUGAAAUACUUGCUCUCGUCGUUCACUGCACUUUCAUGGAGGAUGGGUGUGUUUGGAAGGGAGAAGUGAGAUAUUUAGAG